GCCGGAGGGGGCGGGGCGCGGCGGAGGGAGGAACAAAGAUGGCGGCGGGCGGUGCGGGAGUUGUUGCCAUGGCGGCCCGCGGCAGGGCCCCCGCCGACGGGACUCUGCGACCGGCCGCUCGCCGCGGGGGGCUGUGAGCGGAGCCGGCGGGAGGCGGCACGGCGAGAGAGGGCUCCCCUCCCGGCCGUCUCCACGAUGCCCCAAGCCUCGGAGCACCGUGUCGGCCGGGCCCGGGACCACGCCGUCGUCACCUCCCAGCCUAAGGCCACCACCAAGCUGCCCAGCGGGCACCGUGCCCUGAGCCAGGAGCGCCAUGCCGCCGCUCUGGCCUCCGCCGCCAACGGCCUCUCCCCGGCGCCCAAACUUCGCCUCCUGCCGCCCCGGCCUGGCCCCGUGGACGACCGCAGCAAGAAACUGGAGCUGGACCGGGGCCGGGCCUCCAAGCGGGGAGAGGCUCUGCGCAGCUCGGCCUGCCGCCGGGGGCCGGUCAAGGCGGACCACGCGGUGCGGGUGCCCGGUUCGCCGCAGGCGGGCAUCGUGCCGGGCAGCGCCUCCUUCUCCCUGCCCGCCGGUGCCUCGCUGGCGGGGCGAGAGGCCGAGCGCCGGCGGAGCAACCUGGCCCGCUCCAAAUCCAUCAGCAUCGGGGACCUGAGCCAGGGCGGCGGCGGCGGCAGCCGCACCGAGGACGUGGCGGCGGUGCUGAGCCGGCUGGUGCUGAGGGACUGCGGGCACCAGCUGAGCGCCGGCUCCCUGGCGCUGCGGAGGAGCUCCUCGCUGCGGAGGGUCAGCGUCUCGCCGGGGCUGGACGGGAAGCCCGCGGCGCCGCUGCUCUCCGUCCGGCCCGAGGGCUGCCCCAGGACUUGUACCGCCCCCGACCCCCCGUACAUCCCGGCGCCCGGCAGCCCCGCCCUGGGCAGAGCCCUGGCACCCGGCAGGACCGAGGAGAAGGCUGCAGCCACACAUCACACCCUGCUGCUGGGCUCCGGCCACGUUGGCCUCAGGAACCUGGGCAAUACGUGCUUCAUGAACGCCGUGCUGCAGUGCCUGAGCAGCACCAAGCCGCUGCGGGACUACUGCCUGCGCCGAGACUUCCAGCACGAGCAGCCCCCCGGCCCCCGCGCCCCCCAGGAGCUCACCGAAGCCUUCGCCGACGUCAUCGCCGCACUCUGGCACCCCGACUCCUCCGAGGCCGUCAACCCUGGGCGCUUCAAGGCUGUGUUCCAGAAGUAUGUGCCCUCCUUCACUGGCUACAGCCAGCAGGAUGCCCAAGAGUUCCUCAAGUUCUUCAUGGACCGACUGCACGUGGAGAUCAACCGCAAGGGGCGCCGGACCCCCAGCAUCCUGGCGGACGCCCGCAGGACCCCCGCGCUGGAGGACCCCGAGACGCUGAGCGAUGAGGAGCGCGCCAACCAGAUGUGGAAGCGGUACCUGGAGAGGGAGGACAGCAAAAUCGUGGACCUCUUUGUGGGGCAGCUGAAGAGCUGCCUCAAGUGCCAGGCCUGUGGCUACCGUUCCACCACCUUCGAGGUCUUCUGUGAUCUCUCCCUGCCCAUCCCAAAGAAGAGCUUUGCCGGUGGGAAGGUUUCGCUCCACGACUGCUUCAGCCUCUUCACCAAGGAGGAGGAGCUGGACUCAGAGAAUGCUCCGGUCUGUGACAAGUGCCGGCAGCGGACGCGGAGCACAAAGAAGCUGACGAUCCAGCGCUUCCCCCGCAUCCUGGUGCUCCACCUGAACCGGUUCUCCACCACUCGCUACUCCAUCAAGAAGUGCUCUGUCUUCGUGGACUUCCCCCUGCAGCAGCUCAACCUGCGGGAGUUCGCCAGCGAGAAGGCGGGCAGCCCUGUCUACAGCCUCUACGCUCUCUGCAACCACUCGGGCAGCGUCCACUACGGCCACUACACCGCCUUCUGCCGCGACCCCGCCGGCUGGCGCGUCUACAACGACUCCCGCGUCUCGCCCAUCAGCGAGAACCAGGUGCCGUCCAGCGAGGGCUACGUCCUCUUCUACGAGCUGGAGGAGCCCCCCGGCCGCCGGCCAUGAGCCCCUCUCCUGGACCCUCCACUGCAGCUGGGGGGCUGCCCCCUCCCUGAACCCCCACUGCGGGGUGAGGGCAGAGGGGGCUGGGGAGAGGGGUGUGGCUGUCACCUGGGUGGGGCUUUUGUCAAUAAAUUUACUA